GCAAGUGAGCUUACAGGUAUCAUGGCAGAGAGGAGACAGUGAAAACAAACCAUCGCUGAGGAAGGGUAUUGAACCACCAUGAGCGGUUUUAACCCCGGCCCGCGGGUCGUGACCAUCUACAAGACUGACACGGGGUUCGGCUUUAAUGUGAGGGGUCAGGUGAGCGAGGGAGGUCAAUGGAGACCCAUCAAUGGGGAGUUGUACCCACCUCUUCAACACGUCUCUGCGGUGUUGGAAGGAGGGGCGGCCGAGCAAGCUGGUAUACGUAAAGGCGAUCGUAUACUUGAAGUGAAUGGGGUUAAUGUCGAGGGUGCUGAACAUCGUUAUGUUGUGGAGCUAAUAAAGCAAGGUGGUGAUGUGCUCAAACUAACUGUAAUUUCUGUAUCAAGAAAGGAAGCAGAGAGGUUAGAACCAAGUGAAGAAACCUCAGGAUUUUCCUAUAUUGAUUACAGUGAAAAGCGUUCCCUUCCAAUAUCGAUUCCAGACUAUUCUUACAUAGAAUCUGGUGGAGAUAAAUAUGUAGUGUUUAAUAUUUACAUGGCUGGGCGUCACUUAUGUGCUCGCAGAUAUAGAGAAUUUUCAAAUUUACACAACAAUCUCAAGAGGGAGUUCAUGGACUUCAACUUUCCCAAAUUACCAGGGAAAUGGCCCUUUUCGUUGUCUGAACAGCAGUUAGAUGGGCGACGUAGAGGGCUGGAACUGUACCUUGAGAAAGUUUGUGCUGUGAGGGUAAUAGCAGAGUCUGAUAUUAUGCAAGAUUUUCUUAAUGAUUCUGAUGAUCACCAGGGCAACAGUAUUCGUGUGGACUUAAAGGUGUUGUUGCCAGACAAGAGUGUGGUGACUGUUACACAGGCUAAAAAUGUUCUUGCUCAUCAAGUUUAUCAAGCUGUGGUGGAAAAAAUUAGCAUACCUCCAGAAACAGCAAAAUGUUUUGCACUUUUUGAGAUUGUAGAAUAUAGUUUUGAACGAAAAAUUAGCGAUGAUGAAUUCCCUCAUAACCUGUACAUUCAGAACUACAGUACUGCAACAGCAACGUGUUUAUGUAUUCAUCGAUGGAUCUUUAAUCCUCAUCGAGAACUUCGGUUGUGCAGCACAGAUGACAUUGCACACACAUGGCUAUUUUGGACAGCAGUAGAUGUUGUUAACAGAGGCCAUAUCAAACCAACAGAUCAGCUGUACCAGUUAAAGGCCCUACAAGAUGUGGCUCGCAAAGAACAGUAUUUACAGGUCGUUCGUGGAUGUGAAGGCUAUGGUGAUAUUGUUUUUCCUCACUGUCCCUGUGAUUCCCGUAAGAAAGGUCAUGUUGUUGCCUAUGUGGGUUACAAGUCAUUUAGGUUGCAAGCAUGUAAAGAAGAUGGUACAUUACAAACACAGAUAAUUGACUUUGCUUGGUCCACAAUAGAGAAGUUUGAGGUGGAUGAUGAAGCAAUGUCAUUUUGUUUUCUCUACAGGCAAACAGAAGAUCUUAUCAGAUGGGUCAAAAUAUUUACACCAUUUUAUCACUUUAUGGAGGAGUGUUUCCAGCGUAUUCAAGAGGAACAACAGUGGACGUAGAGACUGGAAGUUGUAGCAGAGUAAAUGUAAGGUAUAGGAGGAUAUAUAUAUAUAUGGGACUGAAUAUGUACAAGACAAAGAAAAGGACAUCCUGAAAGCUAUUUAAAAUGAAAUGGUCAAAGGUAAUUCCAGGUGUGGGAAAACUAGGGGAUCAAGCAUGACUUCAAUUAAACUUGGAUUUAAUGUAAAAUGGUAGAGGGGGGGGGGGAGUAUGACAAAGGGAUUGUGAUGAUAGUAGGUACUUUUUUCACAUGGAAGAAGAGUAAAGAACAGUAUCAAGACAGGGAAUCCCUGGAUUCAAGUGACUUAAUAGAUGUAAAUUGAGAGUGAAUUUUUUUAUAACAGUGGCCAUCUCCCACCAAGGCAGGUUGACCCAAAAAAGAAGAAACAAAAGCAUUUCUAUUUACAUUUAGUAAUUUACACAGAAGGGGUUACUAGCCUCUUGCUUCAAGCAUUUAGGAUUCUUUUCCACUUCCCCAUGGAGAAAGGAAAUAAAUGAGAAGAAUUAAGAAAAUACAAGAAAACACAGAUGGUUGUGUAUACAUAUACUUGUACAUGGAUGUGCAUUGUGACCUAAGUUUAAGUAGAAGUAGCAAGUUGUACUUGUUAUCUUGCAUGUUUAUAAGACAGAAAGACACCAGCAAUCCUAUGAUUGUGUAAAAGUUACAGGAUUCUGCUUUACACUCGUUAGCAGGAUGGUAGUACCUGCUUGAGUGGUUGCUGUCUUGUCUCUGGCACGACAGUGAUAGAGUGAAUGAUGGUGAAAGUGUUUCUUCUUUUUCAGGUCAUCCUUUAUUGAUAGGUUUUUGAUUAACUAGUUAGUUUCCUAAAAAUGUUAGAGGUCACCUUGAUGGCACAUUGUAAAGUAUAUAACUUUUGCAUACUGGCUAACAUUUUUUUCGAAAGUUUACAGUAUUAAAGAACCUAAAAAGCGAGGUUGCCCCCAUUCACAUGAAAUACUUUACAGAUUUUUCAUUCAAUUUUGACUCGUAAUUAAAAAAAAAAAAAAAGCCUUAUGUUCUUGCAUUUAGAUCAAUAAUAUCUUAUUCCUGUAUGUAACUCCAAUUUUACUAAUUCCAUAUUAUGACUAAUUUUCUGUAUUUACGUGUACUCUAGUUUAAUAAGUUUAUUCCUACAUUUUUUAGUCUUUAGCAAUAUUUUUCUUCUGACAUUAUUAAUUGCCUUGUUGUACACUGUUCCUGUGCAUUCCCUGUCUUUUUUUCCAUGAUAUAUGCUACUGUCUCAUAAGUAAAUGGGAGGGAAUUACAAUACAAUUGUAAAUCCAAGUUUUAUUGUAGUGUUUAACCCUAAAAGUUUUCAUUUUUUCCUGUUGUAAAUGUUUAUAUUUUUAUCUUCAUAGGCUUUGAUUAGUUCAUAAUUAAAAACUGAUGACAGUUGAUUUAUUACAGCAGAUUUACCAUUACUUAAGCAAUAUGGAGAUACCUGACAGUGAUUGUGCAAAACUAUCAGUGGUAGUUACACUGCUUAUCUUUUAUGAAUGAGGAUGGGGGGUAUCUAGUCUCAAAGGAGCUGAAGGCGUGUAAAUGAUAUUAGAUGCCAAUAAGAGAUUUUAAGACUGCAUGUCCAAAGAACCAUUCAUUGAUCUGUGCAUAGUAGGAUAUUAGAACCAAUGUGAAAAUGCAGAUUGAAUGGGAUGUGUAAUGUUAUUUAUCCUGUAGCCAUGUUUUAGCAGGUUGUUCUGCCAGUCACUAUAUUCAAUGUUUCCUAGCUAUGUAUAAAACACUGAUGGUUCUCUUAUGUAUAAUUCUUUUAAAUUGAUAAAAAGAUAUAUUUUUAUGUAAUCUGUUCUAUUUAUUGUAGAGACAACCAAACUAUUAUUAACAUAUGCCAGCACUGUGAUCAUCCACAACCCAGUUAACUAAUGGCCUAAUUAUUAAUAAAAAUCUUAUAAUUUUGUUUAGAGUUUAUAUGCAAGUAAUGCAUGCAUUUCUCAAGCAUUAAUGUCACUGAGUUUUAUGUACACCUUAGAUAAGAUUAUCAUUGGCACAAGUAGUAAGUUAGCAUCUAUUCUAGAAAACUAUUUUUAAAUAUUUUAUAAUUGUAUUCGAAUAUAAGUUGAUGAUUCUGCAUAGUUUUUCUAGACUUAAUUUCAGGUAUUAGCAUAUUGAUCUUUAAUGUCAUUUAAUUUCAUGUACUUUUUUUUUUUUUUUUGUACUAAUAUCAGUACAUAAAUUUAGUUAUCUUAAAUGUAAUUUUAUAUUGACAUUACACAGUUUGUGUAGAAUUCAGCAUUUAAAAUGUUUUUAAUAACUGCAAGAUUUUAAUGUCAGUAUGAUUAUUAAGCUGAACAAUAAGAGAAUGAAUUUUAGUACAGUUGUGUUAAGAAAAUUUAAAUGUAUGAAUUAUGCGACUGUAUAUUCCUCUAAACAAAUUUUAUGAUUUAUUUCAAUCAUUUUAGUUUGGUCUAUUGUUAGACAUUCCACUUUCAAAAUGUAUUGUUCUUUAGCUAGUCUGUUGAAUAUUUACACAGCUAGGUUAUUAUUUGGCUGAUCAGAACAUUUUAAUUUUAUGAAUAUUUAUAUUAUUUUGACAUAAGAUGACAGUAGAUUUAUCCAAAGAUUGAAUGCAUUUUCAAAGUGUCAAAGGCUUUAUCAUAUACUCUUAGAAAUAUACAACUGAAGCCAUACAAGACAGCUAGUACAUGAUACCAUAAAUCAUAUCCCAUUGUUUCUCUUCUUGCCUCUUUCAAAAUAUUUAUUAAUCUGUAGUCAGCUUGUAAUUCCUUCGUAUGGUUGGUUACUUUCUCUUCAAAGUUAAAACUGGCUUACAGUGAAAAAUCUGUGCCAUAGAAGCUGUUAGUGUCACAUGCUAAUUAGAAAGGAUGUUGUUGGUAUUAGAUGUCAACAAAAAGAGCCAUAGUUUUGAAUCCUGUAUUUUUCUAUUCAAAGGAUUUAGAUCCUCAAUAAGCACCUGUCUCAUAUAUGAAUGUUAAUGAGGGAAAGCUUUGUUAGUGAGGGAUAGAUUUAUUUUAUCAAUGCAGCUUUCUUUGUAUAAUUGUUGUGACUUUCAGUGAAUUGUGUUAAAACUCAUGAGGUGUCAAGGGAUAAGAUUUCUGUACCAAAGAUUUCAAAAUGACCAAGUAGAAUUUAUCAGCUGUUAAUUAUAACUAAAGAAUUUGCCUAUUUUCAGAGUGUAAGUAGAGAAGACAAUCAUUUGUCUUAACUACUCCAUCCAUCUCAUUUAGUAUAUUAUUGUCACCUUUUUUCAUACUUAAGCAAAAGUGGUGCAUGCCUAUUUAUCAGACCAUCCAGAGAGAAAUAUUCUUAAGUCCAAAAAUUUGUUAUAUAUUAAUUUAAAAAUAAUUUCCUUACUUUAAACUGUAACACGGGAUCAAGCUUUUAUUGAACAUGUGUGUUUUUGUCCUGUAUGUUUUUGAGUCAUCAUUGUGAAUGUUCAUAGGUAAAUAACACUAUUUAUGCUGAUUUACGUAAUGGCACACUAUUAUAUUCAAUUGCAUGCAUACAUUUGAUGUAUAUAUCUACAUGCCAUAUUUAUGAUGCAGGGUACUAUGUACCUAUUAAAUCAUCUACAUUCACAUUGUAUAUAUAA